AUGAGUUUGAUUUCAGAGUCAGAUAUCAGCCGUGCGGCGCGGUACGCCGUUCCCUUCGCUCUCCUCCUCAUCCCCGUCUGGCGUACCAAGGUCAACACCGAAGUUUCCGAGCCAUAUCUCGACGAGGUCUUUCAUGUCCCUCAGGCGCAGGCGUACUGGGCGCAUAAGUGGACGCAAUGGGAUUCUAAAUUGACCACUCCCCCGGGCUUAUAUCUGUGGUCUUACGGGCUUUGCGCCAUCCUUCUCGCACUGCGCGGAUCGCCAGCGAAGCUGGACACUCAAGCUCUGCGAACAACGAAUGCUGUGACGACCGGAAUCUUUCUUCCCUGGAGGCUCCAGUCAUUAUCGGAUGGGAUUCGCAAGGCUCGCAAUACACGUCCAUUAGGCGCGUGGCUCAGCCAUACAGUCCUGAACAUCUGCUUAUUCCCCCCACUCUUUUUUUUCUCCGGGCUAUACUACACCGACAUUCUCGCACUAUUGGCAGUCGUUGAAGCAUAUAAUUGGGAUCUCAAGAGAGCUUCCGCGGCAAAUUCCUUCCUUCUCUCAACCCUGGGCUUUUUGCUGUUUGGAUUGGCUGCAUUGGUGUGUCGACAGACAAACAUUUUCUGGGUCUCUGUUUUCCUCGGAGGUCUGCAGGCAGUCAGGAAGAUCAGACAAUCUUCGAAGACCUGUGAAUCUUCGGGAAUUUCUGCAAUUGUCCGAGGGGGUCUACGAAACGAGAUCUAUGAUCCGCCCGUCUCCGAAGCGUCUUUGCAAGAUUACUUCAAGACUGGUAUAUCGUUCGUGGCGGUGGCUACGAAAACUCCCAUCUCAACCGUCGCCUCUAUCUUCCCUCAUCUCGUCAUCCUCGCGGCGUUCGGUGCGUUUGUAGUGUGGAAUGACGGUGUGGUUCUCGGACAUAAGGAGUAUCACACCGCCGAAAUUCACCUCGCGCAAAUGCUCUACAUUUGGCCCUACUUUGCUUUCUUUUCUUGGCCCAUUCUAGCCAUCCCCACCCUGAAUGUUCUGCUUCCAAAGAAGCUUCUUCCACGAUAUAUCGAUUACGGUCUCCCGGAGAAGCAGAAAAAGCUGCCCAGCAUCGCUGCAACUCUGAUCGUCAUCCCUGCGAUGCUUGCCAUUGUCCAUUUCAACACCAUUGUGCAUCCUUUUACCCUGGCCGACAACCGACACUACGUCUUCUACGUGUUCCGCAUUCUUCUCCGCAUUCAUCCUGCCAUCAAGUAUGCUGCCGUACUAGCAUACUUCCUGUGCGGCUGGGCGGUGCUUUCAGCUUUUGGGUUCGCCAUCUUGCCACCUCCGCCGCGUCUUCUUCAGAUCCCAGCUGGUAUGAAGCCAGCGUCGGCUGUCUCCAAAUCUGCAGUCAAACAACAAAGUCAGGAGGCGAAAAAGCCCACCAGAUCACGCAAGUCCACCACGAAGAAGGAGGGACCCAAGCCAAGUCAACCCGAUCCUAUUACGCCAGAAGUACUGGCUCGGGUUCAACAGUCUCUCGUUCAACGCCAAAAGCAGCAAGCCGACGUGCCCCGCGUCAGCUUCGUUCUCGUUUGGCUUGCUGCCACGACUUUGUCCCUUGUGACUGCACCCCUUGUCGAGCCACGGUACUUUAUCAUUCCGUGGGUGAUGUGGCGCUUGCACCUGCCCACGUCCGUUCUCGAGGCGUUCCGACAGCGCAGACCCCGAGAUGAGAACGAAAGAACCCGCGCGGAUCUUGCUAUGAAUGCCCCCAGGUUUUUGGAGACUGCUUGGUUCAUCAUCAUCAAUUUGGUGACAGGCUAUGUCUUUUUAUACAAGGGAUUUGAGUGGCCGCAAGAACCUGGCAAGAUUCAGCGAUUCAUGUGGUAA